AUGAAUUUAACAAUAUUUUCUUUAUUAACGAAAAACUACCAAGAAUCUCCUCUUUUCGCAAGUAGGAGUAAUCUUCAGUUUUCAAAGUGCACGGCUUCGAAGUUUUUCUCGCAUUUUGCUUUAAAUCCGAAAAAUUUGCAAUUGCGGAAUUCAAAAUUCAAUAAUUUUCUUCGUUCUGUUGUUAGUUCGUCAGCAAAUAGUUAUUCAUUUAGUGGCCUAUACGUUGAUGACGUUGAUCUUAGCAAUUCUUUCGGAAAUAUCACAAUUGACAGUAGUACUUUCGCCAAUUGUUCUAAAUGCAUAUAUUCAUCGGGUAACACUGACCUAAACAUCCAAAUCACAUCAUCAAUGUUUGUAAAUCCUAAAUAUUCCGCAAUAGAAAUUACUAAAAUCAAAACUGGCUCUUUUUCGAAACUUUGCUUUACGACAACUACUUACUCUCAAGGAAUGCUGAUCUCCAUCGAAGACUCUUCUUCUGGAAUUUUUAAUUACGAUUUUAUUUCUGUAAUUUCAGAACUAAACCAGCUCAAGUUUUCGAUUUCAAAUGAUGGAAUCGCAUUUACAAGUAACAAUGUAUCUAACGGAUACAAUUUCGGUUUACUUCAAGAAAGUUAUAUUAAUUUUCGCUAUAAUUUCAUGCAAAUUCAAAUGAUUUCAAUGAAUUCUCCUGCCACUGUAUAUAAUUCUAACUUUGUUACAUUCUCAAGCCUUUCCAAUAAUGCUUUUGUAACUUUUGUUGGUUGUUAUUUCAAUUCAAACACUUUUUAUGGUUUUUCCUCUUGUUACUUUUUCAAUUGUACCAUUAUAGCUCAAACUAUAGUAACUAAUAACGUUUUACUUAUGGAUUGUGUUACAACUGGUGAAAUGCCAGAACUUUCACUGUAUUCCACUAAUUCCUGUAUACAAUACUACUCAUUCUAUCAAACAAGACCCAUUCCUAUUGAAAUUGGCUCAAAAGGAAUAGCUUCUCUCCAGAAUAUUUUGAGUAUUUUGUUCUUUGUCAUAGGAAUCAUAGUUCUGAUACUUCUCAUAGUAUUUAUAAUAUAUUUAAGGUAUAUUCGCAAGUCUCCCAUCAAGGCAUUCAAUGGUUUCAUCGCUCAAGAUGGCGAAUCCGCCCAACAAGACAAUGUUUUCAACCUAAUGGUCAGCCAUCAGAAUGGUGAUUACCUGGAUAUUGUUAUUGAAGACGCAAUUGUCACAGAUCCGUUCCUCGAUCAGAUGAAUAAUGCAAAAGACCGAAACAGAGUGAACCAAGGAAUAGAAGAGAAGCGCCGCGCAAUGAGAAACGAGGCCAACCUCGAAGCAAUGCGCCGCCGGUCUUCUACAGCCACAAACAGUCGAAGGCCAAGUAGCAGGAGAAGCAGUGCCACAAAUUCACAAAUGUUUGAGUCAUCUUCAAUAGACAGAGAAGAAAUGGAGAGACAGAAGAAGAUUGAAGAAGAAAAGAAGAAGAUUGAAGAAGAAAAGAGGAAGAAAGAAGAAGAGGAAAGAAAGAAGAAAGAGGAAGAAGAAAGACUGAAAAGAGAAGAAGAAGAAAGAAUCAAAAGAGAAGAGGAAGAAAGACUAAGAAAAGAGGAAGAAGAAAGACAAAGAAAACGUAAAGAAGAAGAGGAGGAAAUCGAAGCUUCUUUGUCUAUUUCGGUCGAUGAAGAUGAAGAAAAUGAUAAAAAGAAUGAAAAACCAAAAGAAGAGAAAAAGAAGAAGAGUGAAAGUGAUUCUGAUGGAUGGGGCAAUUUGUCUGAUUCGUCUAGCGAUAACAAUAAUGCAAAGGACUUAUGGAACUUGGAUUCCGAUGAUGACGACGGAGAUGUCGAUGCAAAGAAACUUUGGGAUGAAUAA